AUGCACCAAGGCCGCCUUCGUCUGCGCCCGUGGCUUGAGGAACAGAUCCAGUCAGGGAAAUAUCCUGGAGUGGUGUGGCUGGAUGAGACUGCCAGAGUUUUCCAGAUACCUUGGAAACAUGCUGCUCGACACGGUUGGAAUAUAGACAAGGACGCCACUUUGUUCCGAAACUGGGCAAUUCACACCGGCAGAUUCAAACCUGGAAUAGACAAACCAGAUCCAAAGACAUGGAAAGCCAACUUCCGGUGUGCUCUUAACUCCCUACCUGAUGUCAAGGAGCUGCAAGAUAAGAGCAUUAAAAAAGGUCAUAAUGCGUUCAGAGUGUAUAUCCUGCUUCCUGCGACGAAAACGCCAAGACGCCGGAAAGUUUUUAAGGGAAGUGAUUCGGACGUUAAAGUAGGACUGCCUGUGCUGCCGUCAGGUACAACGGCACCGCUGGAAAGGUUUGCAGUUGCAGUAGGAAACCAUGAAAACAUCACAGAUGACCAAGAACAGACAGAGGCAGUAUUAAAGAUAGUGGACCACUUGAAGAAUAUGGAACACUGGAACCCCUCUUGUGAGCCUGACAGAUGCUGGAGACCAGCAACCUCAACCUGGAUGGAGUGUCUCUGUAAGUCUCACCACUAA